AUGGCAAAAGCGACAAGAUUUAUGUGGCUGUUAUUUGCGGCGGUUGCAAUAGCGCAGGCAAAACCAUUAGACCCAUCAAUCGACGAAUCUAUCAAUGAAAUCGAGAAUGAUAACACAAAUCUGCAAAAAAAUCCAUUUGGAUUAAAUAAACAACAGAAUUCUGCUUUGCCGACUAACGAGGCAUCAAUACAGGACACCACUCAAACUGAUGCUACGAAGUCGGCAGUUGGUACCAUAUUUGAUACAAUCAUACAGUCAGGAAACUCAACGAUAAAACCGGGUCCGUUCUCUUGGUUUCUGACACCGCUGGUGCAGAAGAUUCAGUUCUCGCCACAAUCGUUUCUGAGCGACCGUUUCCUGCAACUGAAAGAUGUGCUAAACAGUCUAGGAAUCAACGUGCUGCAAAAUGUGACGGCGAAGCAGCUAAAUGGAGCCAGCCUGUUUCAUUUCUUGGGUCCUAAUGAUUCUGGUUUCUAUACGGACCGGCUGGAACCGGCCGGUUUUCUGGGCGGUAACGGCUUGUUCGCCAACAAAGGUGGCAUUCUCGGCGGACCGGGGGCUAUACUUUCCACCGGCAGCUUCCUCACGGAUUAUCCGACUGCCUACAGAAGGAAGUAG